UCCUUGACAGCAGGUGCUCCCUGGGCUGAACAGCAGCAGCCAUGUCUGUGAGAUACAGCUCAAGCAAGCAGUACUCUUCCUCCCGCAGCGGAGGAGGAGGAGGAGGAGGAGGAGGAGGAGGGGCAUGCUACAGAAUUGCAAGCAGCAAAGGCUCCCUUGGUGGAGGAGUAUGUGGCUCAGGAGGGUUCAGUAGUAGCUCUUUCAGCCGGGGAAGCUCUGGUGGAAGCUUCCUUAUAGGCUCAUCAGGUGGCUAUGGAGGAGGAUCAGGAGGAGGAGGUUUUUGUGGCAGUAGCUUUGGUGGAGGCAGCUAUGGGGGAGGCUAUGGAGGCAGCAGCUAUGGGGGAGGCUAUGGAGGCAGCAGCUAUGGAGGAGGCUAUGGAGGAGGUAGCUUCGGAGGGGGCGGCUUCGGAGGGGGAGGCUUCAGCGGAGGCAGCUUUGGAGGGGGCUUUGGUGGUGGUGGUUUUGGAGGAGAUGGUGGCCUCCUCUCCGGAAAUGAAAAAGUUACCAUGCAGAAUCUAAAUGACCGCCUGGCCUCCUACCUGGACAAAGUUCGGGCUCUGGAAGAUUCAAAUCAUGAGCUAGAAAAUAAAAUCAAGGACUGGUAUGACAAGCACAGCAGAACAGGCCAGGGAGAGCCUCAUGACUACAGCAAAUACUAUCAAACCAUCGAUGAUCUUAAAAAUCAGAUCGUCAAGAUAACAACAGAUAAUGCCAAAAUGCUGCUUCAAAUCGACAAUGCCAGGCUGGCAGCUGAUGACUUCAGACUGAAGUAUGAGAAUGAACUGGCCCUGCGCCAGAGCGUGGAGGCCGACAUCAAUGGCCUGCGCAGGGUGCUGGAUGAGCUGACCUUGGCCAAGAGUGACCUGGAGAUGCAGAUCGAGGGCCUGAAUGAAGAGCUGGCCUACCUGAAGAAGAAUCACGAAGAGGAAAUGAAAGACCUUGGAAACGUGUCCACUGGUGAUGUGAAUGUGGAAAUGAAUGCUGCCCCUGGUGUUGAUCUGACUGAACUUCUGAAUAACAUGAGAAACCAGUAUGAACAAAUUGCUGAACGCAACCGCAAAGAUGCUGAAGCCUGGUACAAUGAAAAGAGCAAGGAACUGACUACAGAAAUCAACAGUAACAUUGAACAAAUGUCCAGCGUUAAAUCUGAGAUUACAGAAUUGAGACGCAAUGUUCAAAGUCUGGAGAUCGAACUACAGUCCCAACUAGCCCUGAAACAGUCCCUGGAAGCCUCCUUGGCAGAAACAGAAUGUCGCUACUCCAUGCAGCUCUCACAGAUUCAGGCCCAGGUCUCCUGCCUGGAGGAACAGCUGCAAGAGAUUCGAGCGGAAACUGAGUGCCAGAAUACUGAGUACCAACACCUCCUGGAUGUUAAGAUCCGACUGGAGAAUGAAAUUCAAACCUACCGCAAACUGCUUUCAGAAGGAGAGUCAGGCGAGAGCCAGAAAGGCAGCGCGCGUGGCAGCAGCAGCUACGACAGCGGAAGCUUCGGCAGCGGCGGCGGCGGCUACGGCGGCUACGGCGGCGGCAGCUCCGGCGGUUACGGCGGCGGCAGCUCCGGCGGUUACGGCGGCAGCUCCGGCGGCGGCGGCGGCGUCUCCAGCGGAGGCCUCAGCCCCGGGGAGUCCUCGGCUAAGGGACCAAGGUCAGCAGAAAGUCACAGGGAUAUUAACAAAGCCAGAGUAAUCAAGACAAUUAUUGAUGAGGUGGCACCUAAUGGGAGAGUCCUUUCAUCUAUGGUCGAAUCAGAAACCGCAACACACUACUAUUGAGUCGCAUCAAGAAGAAAGGGGCUCCCUUCACACAGGCCAUGAUGUGCAGGUGUACAAAAAACAAAAUCUCGAAACAGUUCAGUAGUGGCCUAUGGAAACAGGUUCCCUCUAAAAAUAAGGUGUCUAACAGGUGUUUUGUGGUUUCUGUAUUUUCUUUUCACUUCACCAGAAAGUGUCCUUUGAUGGAAAAAAAAAAAAAAGAAAACUUUCUAUUCUCAUUUACUAAUGAAUUUCAAUAAACUUUCUUACUGAUGCAAACUA